CCUCGGAGUCGGAUUCCAGAACUGAUUAGAUUCUUUCAUUUUCUCGAUUUAAAUUCCACUUCUUAUCGAUACCACCUGCUGAGUUAAAUAUCGUCUGCUUACUCAACUUGAACAGGCGACAGAAUGCUGGCUUCAAACAGCAAGAAUGCUGAGGCUUUGCUCGACAUGGAGGCUCCUCUGUUCCCUUCGUUCAUGUCAUUCUCUAACCUUCCACUUGAACUUCGAAGACAGAUAUGGGAGCUGUCUCUUUCAUUAAAUGGCCCAGUUUCAAGUGCCUGCGUACUUCCAAAAGACUUUGAUCCUCAUGCCAACCAGUUGGCGGUUCGCAACCCGUACUCGGCGUUGAUGGGGACAAAUAAGGAGGCUCGCCAAGUUGCUCUUGAACUGAUGCCUUUGGAAAGAAAUUACAAUCCUGACACGGAUAUCCUCUACGUCGGUCCAGAUGCAUUCUAUCACUUUUGCGACAUAUGCCGGGAGGAUGAUUGGCCCUCCGUCAUACGGCACUUGGCACUCGCCUUACCUGUUGCCGAUAAGGGGCUGUGGCUGCCAAUUGCCAUGGAACGGUUGGAUCGACUGCAAAAUAUCUCAGUCGUUUACCCCAAGGCGACCGGAAAGGUCGACAAGGAUGACGAUGUUGUUCUUCCGAACACGGCGCAUAAAAUCCUCAGGACGUUUACAGCCGACGAAGCUGCCGCUUUUCGGAUAUCAGCCGACUACAUCUACGAAACACAUGGCGGGGAUCUUCACAUUGUCUGGAACAAGAGCGCUUCAGAGCAUGUAGACUUUGUUCGGGGAGAAUUGACUCGAUGGGCAAGAGGGGAAAAGCCUCCAUGUUGGGAUGAGGAGGCUGACAGGUUGAGGUUGACCUUUGAUGCAAGGUGCUUUGAGUCUGCGUUGGGUUUUACAGGGAACCACGCUGGUGUGUCUACACUUCCUUCGCAACGCGGUCGUGUCGGGCUUCUUUAGCCGCAUUUCAGUGAUCCAGAUGAAGAUAGGACAGGGAGAUAGAGAGAGUUGGUACAAAAAUGAAUAAGAGUCGUUAUGGC